UGAGUUAAAAAACAAAAACUCAGGACAGGUAGAGCAAGUGACGAGGUGUCAGGUUUCGAUGUUUACUGGAGUUUUUCCUGCCGGGGAGUGUCAAAAACUAUUUGUUAAUACUACUCGUCAACAUACAAAUCUGUAUACCUUUAAGAAACGUGCUCGUGAUCUGGAGGUUAUUCUCACCUGAAGCUCACGGGACAGCAAUGGCCCCAAAAUACGACGGUCUGUCCCACUGCAAGCUGGCCCUGGUGUUUGCAGUGCUGAUGGACCUGCUAGGUGUGACCUCCUUGCUGCUGGGUGUCUUUGCGCCGCUGGAGAUCCAGGGAAGAGACUUUGGGGAUUUUCUGGUCUACUCGGGAGCCCUGUUGGUGCUGCUGUCCUUGGCGGGCUGGGUCUUGUGGUACAGUGGCAACAUCGAGGGUCUGACCUCCAGGAAGGAGCUGGGGGGCGCCAUGGGCAGCGCUGUGGACCGCCUGGCCCGAUCCCUGAGCAGGAGGAUACGGCUCCCCAGGACUCGCAGCAGUCCCACAUAGACACUCGCGCACUGCCGCUGUGUACAAGGACAAACAACAGCAAUUGUAAAGCAAGGCGUUGCAUUCUGUUUCAAUAUACGUGACUUACUCAUGUUGUAGAAUACUCAGUGUUGCCCUCAUUUGAGUUAAACAAACCAAAAGCUAUGAAAUAAAUCACUUUUUUAAUGUACAA